AUGGCGGAACUCAACCAGCUGCCUUCUUCAAUUGAUCCAAGAAGUGGCUUCUGCAAAGCUAAUUCCACCUUCUACAGCAAGCGCAAACAAAUCCCUUUACCCUCAAACGACUCCCUCGAUGUCACUACCUUCAUAUCUUCGCGAUCGCACCGUGGUAAGACUGCGUUCAUCGACGCCUCCACCGGCCGUAAGCUCAGCUUUUCUGACGUCUGGAGAGCCGUCGAAGCCGUCGCCACCUGCCUCUCCAUCGACAUGAACAUCCGUAAAAACGACGUCGUCCUUCUCCUCAGCCCCAAUUCCAUCUACUUCCCCAUUGUUUGCCUAGCCGUCAUGUCCCUGGGCGCCAUAAUCACCACAACAAAUCCUCUCAACACUUCCCGAGAAAUCGCUAAGCAAAUCGCCGAUUCAAAACCUGUCCUCGCCUUCACCAUACCCCAGCUCCUCCCUAAACUCGGCGAUUCAAAACUCCCCAUCGUCCUCCUUGACUCCGCAAACUCAUACCCCAGCAAGUUCAAAAUUGUGAAUACUAUAGUAGAAAUGAUGAAAAGAGAACCGAGCCAAAGCCGAGUCAAGGAACGAGUGAGUCAAGAUGACACAGCCAGUCUAUUAUAUUCUUCCGGCACAACCGGUAUGAGCAAAGGGGUUGUUUCAUCGCACAGAAAUUUGAUAGCAAUGGUUCAAACAAUUGUGAGUCGAUUCAAAUUAGAUGAAGAAAAUCACACUUUCAUCUGCACAGUUCCCAUGUUCCAUAUCUACGGUUUAGCAGCUUUUGCCACGGGUCUAUUAGCCGCUGGAUCUACAAUAGUAAUCCUAUCAAAAUUCGAGAUGGAUGAAAUGUUAAUGGCUAUACAGAAAUACACCGCCACCUAUUUACCAUUAGUGCCACCAAUUCUGGUGGCGCUUGUGAAUAACGCGGCGGCAAUCAAGAAAAAGUACGAUUUAAGAAGCUUGAAGUCUGUCUUGUCUGGUGGUGCGCCAUUGAGCAGGGAGGUGAUAGAGGGGUUUGUGGAGAAGUAUCCAAAUGUAACAAUAUUGCAGGGCUAUGGUUUGACGGAGUCAACAGCGAUCGGUGCCUCGACGGACUCUUUGGAGGAAAGCCGCCGGUAUGGCACUGCGGGGAUGCUGUCACCGAGCAUGGAGGCAAAGAUUGUGGAUCCAGAGAGUGGCGAGGCGCUGCCGGUGAAUUGCACCGGUGAGCUUUGGUUGAGGGGGCCCUCCAUUAUGAAAGGUUAUUUUAGCAAUGAAGAGGCUACGGCAUCAACCCUAGAUUCAGAGGGGUGGUUGAGAACUGGAGAUCUGUGCUAUGUUGACGAGGACGGCUUCAUUUUUGUGGUUGAUCGGUUGAAGGAGCUGAUCAAGUAUAAGGGAUACCAGGUUCCUCCGGCAGAAUUAGAGGCUUUGUUACUCACUCACCCGGAAAUUGCUGAUGCAGCUGUUAUACCGUUCCCGGAUGAGAAAGUUGGACAAUUUCCCAUGGCAUAUGUGGUGCGAAAAACAGGCAGUAGUAUAUCGGAGAGUGCAGUCAUGGAUUUUAUUGCUAAACAGGUUGCGCCUUACAAGAGGAUUCGACAAGUGGCAUUCACGGCUGCCGUUCCCAAAAAUCCCUCAGGCAAGAUUCUUAGGAAGGAUCUAAUAAAGCUUGCUGUAUCUAAACUGUGA